AUGCCGAAGGUGACCAGGCGCAACAAGAAGGAGAAUGUGCUGAAGGAGACGGUGGCGGAGGGGGCGAUGGAGGUGGAGGCCCAGCAGCCAGCCAAGCCGAAGUUCGCCCCCGCCACCGCUGAAGAGGAGUCCGGGAAGAAGGUGGAAUACCGCAGGGUGCCGGUUCCGCAGCACCGCAUGACGCCGCUGAAGAACAACUGGAUGGCGCUGUUCAAGCCUAUCACGGAGCACAUGAAGCUGGACAUGCGCAUGAACCUCCGGACGCGGAAGGUGGAGCUGAAGACCUCCAAGACCACCACGGACGCCGGCGCGCUGCAGAAGGCCGCCGACUUCGUGCAGGCCUUCCUCAUGGGCUUCGAGGUGCAGGACGCGAUCGCGCUGCUGCGGCUGGACGACCUGUACAUUGAGUCGUUCGAGGUCAAGGACAUCAAGACCCUGAAGGGGGAACAUUUGUCCCGCGCGGUCGGGCGCCUGGCCGGGAAGGGCGGCAAGGUCAAGUUCACCAUCGAGAACGCGACGCGCACGCGGAUCGUGCUCGCGGACACGAAGAUCCACCUCCUCGGCAGCUUCCAGAACAUCCGCGUGGCACGCGACGCCAUCUGCGCCCUCGUCAUGGGGAGCCCGCCGGGCAAGGUGUACAGCCGGCUCCGAACGGCCUGCGCGCGCCUGAAUGAACAGUUCUAG